CGGGACGGUGGUGCUUUGCGAUUUCAUUCAGUCAGCGCAAGUCGGCAUAGCCAUACACAAAUAUAGCGUACUUUUAGAAUGGGAGAAGUGCCACAAAUAAAAGAUUUUCACAAAGUGAUUGAAGUCUUUUUGCAAGGCGACAAACUUGAAUCCUAUGAGAGCCGAUACCUAACCAAACCCGGAGACAAUUAUGGAAGUCUUAUGUUAGCUAUAAGUGCAAAGCUUAGGCAAUCGAAUGAUGUGCUCAAGGAUAUGCAUUUAAUAGCAAAAUUACCGCCACUUACCAACGAUUUAUAUUGGCAAAUAUUUCAACCGGAACGGACUUGCAUAACGGAAAAUGCUGUCUAUAAGUAUUUAGCACCCGAAAUAGAGAAACUUCAACUUGAAUCUGGUAUUCUGCCUGUUAAUCUGUUCGAUGGCUUUCCACGCUACUUCGGCUCUCGCAUUUCGCUCUGCCCGGAAGCCACUAAAGUUGAUCGAGACGCAGUUCUAGUGCAGGAAAACCUAACUAUUCGAGGCUAUCAGCCUGGAAAUAGACACAAACCGUAUGACUUGCAGCAUACUGUACUUAUCCUUCAUUACAUGGCCCAGUUUCAUGCGUUGCCCAUUGCCCUGCGUCUCAAGAAACCAGCAGUUUUUGAUUCCAAAAUACGACCCUAUUUCAAGAAAUUCGAUAUGAAUAAAAAUAUGGAAGCUGAUACUAAAAAAAUGUUAAAAAGCGAAUCCUUAAGGGACAUUGAGGAUAUUGCCGAUGGAGACAAGACUAUUAUUAACGGUGUAAAGAAAUUGCAGGAUUUAUUUGAUGAAUUUGAAACAGGUGACGAUGUGAAAGAUGGUCCUUGGACUUCUAUAGUUCAUAUGGACCUUUGGAUAAAUAACUUGAUGGUCAAAUAUGAUGAGACUGGACUUCCCGUUAAGCUAAAAAUUGUGGACUUUCAGAUCGCUCAAUAUGAGUCAGUGAUUCACGACUUGAUCUUCUUACUCCUCUCAAGUGUGGAUACAUCUGUAUUAGAAGAAAACUAUUAUAAUUUUCUACGCAUGUAUUAUGAAGCGUUCAUCCGAGCAUUAAAAGAGGCAAAUGUGAAUACAAGUGAAUACAACUAUGAGGAUUAUCUUCAGGAAGUGCAACGUGUCGCACCUCUCCAGGUUCCACAUGCUCUCUUUAUGACAAAGGUAGUCUUAGCCGACAACAAUACACUACCAAGCGACUACAAAGACGUUGACUUAACGAUGAUAACUAAAAAAGGAAGUAGUAAAAUUAUGAAUAAACUCAGAGACAUCAUACGAUUGGCAAGAAAGUUUAACAUAUUUGAAUAAUUUAUCAACUACAUUUG